AUGGCAAUUCAAGGCAACUUUAAGGUCUACACAGCCAUUGGCCUAAUUCUAUCACUUCUCAUGCUCGGCCUUGAUGGAAUCUUUCUCGUAAUCGUUUGUGCUCUUCUAUUUUUGGCCAGCUUUUCCUACCUCUUCAUCAAAAAAGGCAAAGAUGAGGCGAAACUGAUGGAGGAGCGGUUUGAGCGAUUGAUUAAAGAGUUCGAGUUCUCACCGGGCAUCGCUCAAUUCUUGGCGACGCGGAAUCGUUUCGAUGAAAAAGCCGCCCACAAGGAAGUGAUCUCGAUGACCGGAUCAGCGGGAAUGGAUCGAAUCUUGGAACAGAUGCUACAAUUCGUGGUUCGUGACUACAUCGAUUACUGGUACAAAGAUCUCACGAAUGAUGAGCUUUUUCGUGAAUCUCUCAAAAGAACGUCUCGUCGGACAAUUGCUGCCUUUUCACAAUGCGUCCGAAAAGUCGAUUGGGUUCCAUUUUUCACUCGAAAUUGUGUCGAUGAUUUUGCGUCACAUCUUCGACUUUAUCGAAUGGCUCGAGAGAGGCUACAGUUCAACAAAGAAAAGGGUACAUCUAAUGCAAACGUGGACGAUCUUGAGAGUCACUUCUUCGAUUUCGAAUUCGAAAUGGAAAAAACGCUAUGCAGAGAUCUUCUAUCAACAACGCCACACUAUGAAAAUGCCUAUCUUCACGAUUUGAUCGACAUUUUGUUGUACCUCUUGAUGCCGCCUGAAGAUUUUCGAUGUAGACCCUUAAGGUUUUUGGUUCGAGAGAUAAUGGUGAAAAUUAUCUUCGUUCCAUUGCUUGACCAUUUUUCAAAUCCGGAGAACAUCAAUCAACUGCUUGUGUGGCUGUUAUCCGAAGUCUCGCCAAGACCCGAAGAUUUUGUGCAAUCCGUUGAACAUAGUCCAAAGGGAAGAGAUGCCGGUGGAGAACAUGGUGAUUUCGUGAAGCAACAAUUGGCAAGUCUUGAAUUUCUCGAAUCAACAAUCCGGCGUCGCCUCGUUGUUUUAUCCGAUCAAUCAAUCGAAAGAGGGAAUGAUGUUAGAUGUUCACUGAUUGAGGAUCAAUCAGGCGAUGUUCUCAUUCAAUUACCCAUUCAUGUCGUAUUGACAAAUUCGGUUGCAGUCAGCUAUUUUUGCGAUUUUCUGAUGACCGUUGGCGGGCAGAACUAUAUCGAUUGUUAUUUGGCUAUCGAGGGCUUCAAAGUGAGCGUCGAGCAUCAACUCCGCUCACUCGCGUUGGGCGAAACGGACAAUCAAGAUGUGUACGAGACAGUGAAGGAAGCCGCUAAAUUUAUGUAUCAUCAAUAUCUCUCACAAGAAGCAAUCACUCGCGUCCCACUCAAGGAGGCGGUGAUUUCAAGGUUUUUAAAUCGCAUGAAAACUGAUGAACCCUCGGAUUCAUGGUUUGAACAGAUACAGGAUGAGAUUUCUGAGGUACUUCGCGCAAAUGAGAGCUUCUAUCCAGCUUUCAAGAGGGAUCCCCUGUAUGAGAAGAUGUUGCUCGAGUUGGGGAUUAUAGGAAACGACGAUGAUCGACCGGAAAGCCAAGCAAGUGACUCGAGCUCGGUUCGAUCCGGAGAACCAAAUGGAUCAAUCUGUGAAAAAAUUUUUGAAGAGAUUCCGAUCUCGGCAAGUGAUCCUUUCAACGCGGAGCCGAUCAUUUCCGUCGUUGUCGAGACGUUGGGAAUCGGUCAACAAGGCAAGCAAUCAUUUGCUCUUUACAAUAUCCGAGUCGAGAGGACACUUGCCGGGAAAAAGGUAAGCGGUUGGAAUGUGUUGCGAAGGUACUCGGAUUUCCACACUCUGCACAAUUUGUUAUGUCAACAGUACCCGAAAAUCUCGACAGUCAGCUUUCCGGGGAAGAAAACGUUCAACAAUCUCGACACGCAUUUCAUCGAGAAACGCACACAAGCGUUGAAUGCAUAUAUGGAGGUGGUUUUAAGUCCAAACCUUCUCCGAAUCAACCCAGGAAUGGAUCGACUUCUCUUCGACUUUUUAAGUCAAAAAGAGUACACUGGUAGCUCACAGCCGUUGACAAAGAAAGUGAUGAGCGCAAUGUGGGAUCCGAUUGGGAGAGGGAUGCGGGCGGUGAGCACAGCGGUGGCUGCUGUUCCUGAUCAGGUGGUCGGCGGUGUGACAAAAGUCGGCGAUGGGAUUGGAAAAGCGGCGAAAGCUGUGAUUAGAACCCCUUCAACCGGUGUCCUCCGAAUGCCGCCAACGCUGGAAACGGAUCGAGUUGCGGCCAAGAUUUCGGAUGAGGAUACAAACGAGAACAUUCCUCUACGAGUGAUGGUACUUUUCGUUGAUGAGGUUUUCGGUGUUCGGGCUCAAAAUGCGUGGUUCCGUCGGCAACUCGUCGCUUUAUUGAGGGGAAUUGUCACUCCAUUGGGCACAUCGAUCAAUAAGAGAAUUAUCGAUUUGGUGAAUUGGUUGACGAGUGAUCAACAAGCGACGCUCUAUUUGGCGGCUAUUAGAGAUUCCCUUUGGCCAGACGGUCAACUAGCCGGCGAGGCACCGCAACGAUCAGAGGAAUUUCAUGAAAGAACAAGAGUGCUCGCUCGAUCAUUGAUGCUCAGUGUUCUUCCCGAUGAGCUACGACUAAUCCUUGGCCAAGAGACGACUUAUCAAGGGAUCGCCACAAUCUCAGCCGCCUUGCAACGUCCCCAUCUGAAUCGUCGUCUUCUCUAUGUUCUCAUUGAACGCCUCUUGAUCAGCAUAUUCCCGAAUAAUCGCUUUGAGAAAAUCUUUGCUCAAUUGCAUUCGAAAAGUCCAAGAGUUAGACGAGCU